CAACAUCUCCUUCAAACCGUUCCGGCUCAAAAAACAAAUCGAGCGGCAGCAAUUGGAAAAACGCACAUGCCACGGCAAGGGUGGGACCAUCACAUCACGGGCCACAAAAGUCAGGAGGAUUCCGCCCGAUUUCCGGCCCCUUCAACCCCAGCUCGCGCACAACUCAACGCGCCUCACGGCCUCCACGCCGGCCACCCGUAUAUAUGCCGCCCCACCACCACGCCUCCCGCUCCGAGUCCAUUCUCUUCUCUUCUCAUCCCAGCUCAAUUCACCUCAUCCCAGCUCGUUCAUCCAUUCGUGUUUGGUAACCGCCUUCUCUUCGGAUUGCGAUUGGAAUUGGAUUGGAUCGUCACAGACUUACAGCGACAACGACAGCAAUGGCUAACGGCGCGGCGAUCGACGAGUGGCCGUCGUCCCCCUACUCCUCGUCGGCGCCCGACGGGGAGGUGCUGCGCUCCCUGCACCGCCUGGCGCGGGACCUGUCGGCGGCGGAGGCGCCGGCGCCGUUCCUGCGGCCGGUCUUCGCGGCGGUGGCCAGGCGGGCGCGGCUGCUCGCCGCCGUCUUCGACGACCUGCUGCUGUGCGGCGCGGGCGCGGGGCCGCUGCUGCUGCUGCCGCGCUCGGCGUCGCUGUGCCUGCGGGAGGUCCUGCUCGUGCUGCAGCGGUUCAAGGCGCUGGUGGCGGACUGCGCCGCGCGCAGCCGCACGCGGCUGCUGCUGCAGUCGGACGAGGUGGCCGCGCGCGCCGGGGAGCUGCAGCACGACCUCGCCACGCUGCUCGACCUGCUCCCCGUCGCGGACCUCGGGCUCGCCGACGACGUGGCGGACCUGCUCGCGCUCGCGUCGCGCCAGUGCCGCCGCGCGGCGGCCGCGGAGCUGGGGCUCAGGGCGGCCGUGCUCGCGCUCAUCCACGAGGUGGAGCGGGAGAUCGUGCCCGAGCGGGAGCGGCUCGAGGGCAUCCUCGAGGAGGUGGGCAUCAACGACCCGGCCAGCUGCAGCGACGAGAUCGAGACACUGGAGCGGGAGAUCGGCGACCGUGCCGCCGAGAGGUGGACGUCGUCGAUGAUCGCGCUCGUCGGCCUACUCCGGUACGCCAAGUGCGUCCUCUUCAGCGCCGCCACGCCGCGGACCGUGGACUCCAAGGUGGAUCUCGACGACGACGGCGCCGAGCCCCCGUCGCCGCCGCUGGACUUCCGGUGCCCCAUCUCCCUCGAGCUGAUGCGCGAUCCCGUCGUGGCUUCCAGCGGCCAGACGUACGACCGCGAGUCCAUCACGCGGUGGUUCGGCUCCGGCAAGCCCACGUGCCCAAAGACCGGGCAGGUGCUGGCGGAUCUGGAGCUUGUGCCCAACAAGGCGCUCAAGAACUUGAUCGUGCGGUGGUGCCGGGAGAACGGCGUCGCCGUGGAGGUCGCCGAGGCUGGGAAGGCCGAGCCGGCGCCGGUGGUGGCCGCGAACAAGGCCGCGCUGGAGGCGGCGCGCAUGACCGCGUCGUUUCUCGUGAAGAAGCUGUCGGCAUCCUUCUCCCUUGAGCCGACCAAGCGCGUGGUGCACGAGAUCCGGCAGCUGGCCAAGUCCGGGUCCGACAACCGCGCGUUCAUCGGGGAGGCAGGCGCCGCCGCGCUCCUCGUGCCGCUGCUCCGCUCCGAGGACUCGGCGCUCCAGCUCAACGCCGUGACGGCGAUGCUCAACCUCUCCAUCCUGGAGGCCAACAAGAAGCGCAUCAUGCACGCGGAGGGCGCCGUAGACGCGCUGUGCCACGUGAUGGGCUCCGGCGCGUCGUGGCGCGCCAAGGAGAACGCCGCGGCCACCGUGCUGAGCCUGGCGGCCGUCCCCGCGUACCGCCGCCGGCUGGGCCGGAACCCGCGCGUCGUCGAGAGCGUCGUGCAGCUUGCGCGCACGGGCCCCUCCAGCACCAAGAAGGACGCGCUCGCGGCGCUGCUGUCCCUGUCCGGGGAGCGGGAGAACGUCGGGAGGCUCGUGGAGGCCGGCGCCGCGGAGGUGGCGGUGUCGGCGGUCGGCGAGGCGGAGGCCGCCGCGGCGGUGCUGGCGUCGCUGGCGAAGCGCGGCGGCGCGGAGGCGAUCGUCGCGCUCGACGGCGCCGUGGCGCGGCUGGUGGCCGAGAUGCGGCGCGGCACGGAGUGGUCGCGGGAGUGCGCGGCGGCCGCGCUGGUGCUGCUGUGCCGGCGCGCGGGCGCCACGGCGGCGGCGCAGGUGAUGGCGGUACCCGGCGUGGAGUGGGCCAUCUGGGAGCUGCUGGGCACCGGCACUGACCGCGCCCGCCGCAAGGCCGCGUCGCUCGGCAGGGCGUGCCGGCGGUGGGCGGCCGCCGCCAACGCCGCGGGCGCGGAGCAGAGCACCACCGAGUGCCCCACCUCCGAUGCCGCGCCGGCGCUCACGACGGUGUCGUGAAUUCCACUACACGAUUCUUAGCAGAAACUCCAAAAAGGAAAAAAAACAAACAAAUUUUUUAGUAACCACGAUUCUUGUACAAAAUUUGUUCCUGGCCGAUAAAGGCCUUCACGAUUCUUUGGUCUGUAGUGCGGGCAGUGAGUAACUGAUCAACUGUAAAUACAAGACGUUCUUCUUCUCUCUUUUUUUUCCCCAGCAAACAUUGUUACACAUGUUCUCGUCUCGAGAAAUACAGACAAACAAAUCACUGUGUAA